CACCCACCAGUCAAUACUCGACCUCAGCGUUGAAAGCAUACGGCCAGAAAUGAAGCCACAUUAUAAGACUCUGUUCCUCAUAUAUUUAUCAUUAUUCCAGGGGCAGGCUUUCAUUACAAAGGAAAUUGUUGAAUCAUGGGUGUCAAAAUUAGGAACAGAGCUGUGGCAUUUUGGGGACCAUGUAACCAGAAGAAACAAGGUGCAAGAAAGCUUUAGAGAAGCUAAAAUUGAAGUUAGAGAAGGAAAUAAAUUAGUGCGAGAGCUUGCUCAAGAAAUAAAAAACAUGAUGGACUUAAAAAUAAGCGCAGUACGACGAAUCAUGGAUACUGCGGAAAACUCUGCCAUGGCUUCUCAGGCAGAAGGUAGUGUACCUUUAGAUUAUCAAUAUUAUAAUUCAAAAAACCUUGAACCUCUACUUAAGGCUACAGGAAAAGAACAAUUUAGAAAAGAAGAAUUAAACGAUCCGAACAAACUAAUAGUUACACCAAACAGUCAUUUUUUUAAUAUUCCUGUUAAUACAAGUGUGAGUUCUGUACAUGUACCGACGAAUGUUUAUGACAGAGCUCCUGAUGUUAUACAUGGAAUCAAAUGGUCGGCAAAUCUUGAUGACAUUUUUAUUGGUAACUACAAAGAAGAUCCAUCACUUUCAUGGCAGUACUUUGGAAGUUCAUCAGGCUUUAUGAGGCAAUUUCCAGCUAUGAAAUGGGAACAAGUGCCUCCUAGUCCAGUUGAUCUAUAUGACUGUCGAACACGAUCAUGGUACAUUGAAGCUGCUACAAGUUCAAAAGAUCUUCUAAUUUUAGUUGACAACUCUGGCUCCAUGAUGGGGCAACGUAAAGAAAUAGCUCGCCAUGUCGUUAAUAAUAUUCUAGACACUCUAGGAAAUAAUGAUUUUGUUAACAUAAUGACAUUUGUGAAAGACACCAUUGAAGUUGUACCUUGCUUCAAAGAUAAAUUGGUGCAGGCAAAUUUGGAAAACAUCAGGGAAUUGAAAAUGGGGAUGGAAAACAUGGAACCAGCAAGUAAUAUUGCCAAUUUCACAGUUGCUUUGACUAAAGCAUUUGAACUCCUUCAAGAGUACAGAGAGCAAAAACUAGGAGCAGCUUGCAAUCAAGCUAUUAUGCUAGUGACAGAUGGCGUCCCUUACAAUUUUAAAGAAAUCUUCGAAGAGUAUAACUGGAAGAAAACACCACCCAUGCCUGUACGUGUGUUCACUUACCUAAUUGGAAAAGAAGUUGCAGAUGUACGGGAGGUAAAAUGGAUGGCAUGUGCCAAUCAAGGAUAUUAUGUACAUUUAAGUUCGAUGGCAGAAGUUAGAGAGCAAGUUUUGCAAUAUGUUCCAGUAAUGGCAAGACCCAUGGUUUUGUUAAAAACAGAACACCCUAUAAUAUGGACCCCUCUAUAUGCUGAUGUCACUGACCCAAAAAUGACGGAUUGGCUUUGGGAAAUGAAAGAACGAAAGAAACAAAAAGAAAGAUCUCAAAGUUUUCGCUAUCACAAAGGAAGGUAUGAUGAAGAAGAAGAACAGCGUCUGGCCCGAAAACAACAGCAUCAACUUCUAACUGAAAAUUUACAUCCAUACAAGUUCAUGACAUCCAUUUCAAUGCCUGUAUAUGAUCGGAGGGAAAAUGCUAAUCUUACUGAGCGUGUACUCAUUAACGAAGCAUUUUGGGUUUUAAGAACCAGAGAGACAAAGGUUGCAAAUCUUUUGGGAGUUGCAGGGACUGAUGUUCCAAACUCUGAUAUUCAAAGGCUUAUUGCACAGCAUUUGCUUGGUGUAAAUGCAUAUGCCUUCAUAGUAACCAACAAUGGAUACAUCUUGAUUCAUCCUGAUCUACGGCCUGUGUUCGAUGGAAUCCUGAAGCCAAGUUACAAUAAUAUUGACAUAACUGAUGUUGAAAUAAUGGAUGACAAUUCGAGCCCACGAAACUAUAGUAGCAGUUUGCUUCAGUUCAGAGAAAAGUUAAUAUAUCAGUCAAAUGGGAGUGAAUCGUUCCCUGUAAAAUAUCAUUAUGAUGGCUUGCGCAGAGUUUACAGAGGAAUAAGAUCCUACUAUUACAAUGUGAUUGUGGGCACUCCAUUUGAGCUGGUUGUUGCUCUUCCAGUCGGUUAUGGGCAACUUAAAGUUGAAGGCCAAGUGGAAAUAAAAAGAUUAAGUACAGUCAGAGGGUCAAAACCAGAAGAGUUUUUCAAAGUUAAAAAUUGGAAAAUACACCCUGACUGGUUUUACUGUAAAUACCACUAUGGGGAUGUUCAUAACUUUAAAACUCCUGAAGAUGAGUUAUUGCAUUUCCUUCUACGCUCUACAUCACAAAAAUGGAAAUGGCCAUUGCAGAGGAAUAGCUCUCCUCCUGAACAUCAAGGAAAUAUAUCAAAAUCAGAUUCAAUGGAUAGAACUUCAUAUUUCUGUGACAGAACACUUUUCCUCUCAUUGGUGUAUGAUGCCAAAGUUACUAACUGGUUUUCAGGAAAUAUCAGUCUACCAACUGCAGAAGAAAAAGGCCCUAUCGCAAAGCUGAUGGCAUUGUUGUCAAGGGAAGAGAUGAAACAAAGAUUUGGGAUAUCAUUGGUUUUUUUGGCUACAAGGAGUGGUUUGACAAGAUGGCAAGAUUUGUCCACCAAUUCAGAGAAUGAAGGUGAAAAUAAAAAUAAGCAUUUUAGUGAAAUUCAUAACAGAGCUGUUGAUGAAACAUGGUAUAAAAGGGCUGUUGAACAUUAUGUCAACGAUAAGCAUAAUAACAGGCAGAUCUUUGUAUAUUCUGUACCCUUUGAUGCAGGUGAUGAAAAUGAUACUCUUGUAACUGCCACACAUGCAGUAUUUAUAAAGGACAAUGCGAGGGAAGCACCCGCUGCAGUGGUAGGAUACCAGUUUCUUCAAUCUUCUCUACAUGCUUUGUUCAAGAACAUCACCUCAACGUGCGAUCGUUGUGAAAAAACCUGCGCCAAUUCAGAUUUGGACUGCUACGUCUUAGAUAACAAUGGGUAUGUGAUUGUUUCUGAAGACAGGAAAGACACAGGAAAAUUUUUUGGAGAGUUAAAGGAAAAUGUAAUGACAGAUUUGGUCAAAGAUGAAGUUUACAGAAGAAUUGAAAUGUAUGACUAUCAAGCUGUCUGCUUUAGAAACAAUAGACAAGAGCCGAGCAAUUCAAACAGAUUAUACACUCCACUAAACUACAUGUUUUGGAUUAUGAACUGGUUUAUCACACAACUUAUUUGGUUAAGUAUGCAAACAGAAAUACACGGAUUUAUUCAAUAUGCUUUGUCUCAACCAAUAGAAGAGGAUCUUGAUGGAAUGAUAUCAGAGACCUUUGAUGAAAGUUCAGAACCAGCAAAUAUGGAACAUACGAUAAAAUCCAAUGAACGUUUGGCUACUAAAAUGAUGAUUAACAAGACACAGCCGCAACCAUGUGAUAUGCAAGUUGGGCUGUAUUCUCUUGAACCCUUUCAAAAGUGGAAAGUCAACCAUCAUAGAAAUUGCAGGCCAUAUGUUGUGCAACUUAUAAACUGCAGUAAUCUAGUGAUGGUCGUGGUAAAUAGACUUUGCAAAAUUGAAGACAAAAGGAUAGACAGCCUUCCAACAGAAAUUAUUUAUAACUCGACGAGUUUAUCGUGUCACAAAGUUCUUUUCAACAAGCUUCCUAGGCGAAGACCAAAGAAGUGUACUAACAGCCAUCCUAAGGAAAAAGAUAUUAAACUUUGUGGGCGAUCUUCGCUCCUGCAGCCCCACAAACUUUUAAGUGGCCUUCAAAUAAUAUUCCUAUUGUCUUAUUGGACCUUUGCAUAAUGUUUUACUUAUCUACUAAACUUUACGGACUGUGGGGGUGAACAUUGUUAUCACACUUUUAAAUGCCUUUGUCAUUGACUAAAUUUAUCUGUGAUAUGUUAUAUUAUGCCAAUUAUUGUAAUCCAAGCAGUAUGACAUUAGAUUUUUAAAUUUAAUUGUUGAAUUUUAUACUUAAAUACCAUUUUGCUAAGAAAUUAUAAGAAAAUGUAUUACAAAUUUUUAAUCAAAGUUAAAAUUUUAAGUGGGAUUGUUUCAUUUUUCCACUCCUAUUGUGAUUCAUGUACAACACACAGCAUGUUGAAGCAUUCCAUUUUAGCAAGCUUGCAUCUGAAUAUUAUGUACUGAUAAAUAUAAGUUGGUACAUGAUGGUCAGAUAAAUAUUUGAACAGAGUUGCUGCAUGUUAUGUGGAAGUGGGAGUUUUUUUAGAGUCUGCUUAAAGUAUCUUGAAAAAUAUGCUUGUAUUGACAAAGAUUUUCUCAGAGAUGUUUUGUCUAAGAGUGAAUGAUUAACUAGUUUUAUAUAAACAAAACCGAUCACCCCUCUCGGUCUGCAAUCUUAUGGUGUUGACUCAGUUUUUCAACACAUUUCAACAAUCAUAUACAUUGAGUAAACAGUAUGUGCAGGCUCAACACAGAGACUGGUAACAGUCAAUUGUUGAACAUAUUUUUUUGCAAGUUCUUAUUCAUUAUAGAUUUUUGUUUUUAUGCUCCUAUCCUUCAAUAAACGCUUCAUUUUUUUUAAAAUAAUACAUUCGUUUAUAUAUGUACAUUUUUCAAAAAUAUGCGCAAAUAUUAAUAUAUUUACUGGCCAUUCAUGAUCUUUAUUUACUGAAUUGUUGUCAUAAAUAUAUACUUAAUGUAAUAUUUACCAGUUAAUAUAAUUUGUAAUUUAGUCACUGAUCAUUCGCUGGGUUGGUCUGUCAGCUGCGUUAGGUAUUUCGUUACCUUCAAUGUUGGGAAAACGUUUUGUUAAAUUGUGAUAUUUCUCUAUGUGGUUGCAAGUCAUUGCCAAUCAUUUUAGUCUACAAGCAAAGAUACGUAGACUAAAAUGAUUGGUAAAUGAUCAAAUUACAGGUUCGUCAGCCUGCAGACAAAAGAGAAAUCUCACAAAUAAUAUUAUAAUUUAUAUUAAAAAAAUUAACUUUGAUCACUUUUGUGUUUAUGCUCUAUAAACCUUAGGAAGAGUUGAAUAAAUGAAACAAAAAUAAUUUGUUGACGUUAUAUAAAAACUAUUGUUGUACAUUCAGUCAUUAAACUGUUUUGUUUCAAGUAUUUUCAUUAUUAUUAAUUUAUUUCUUUUAAGACUCAGACACAGACAAAACUUUGUACAUGAAUUAUUUAGAUAUAUAAUUUUUUUAUGGUAUACAUACAAUGAAAAGUCUGGAUCUAAUACUUAUAUGUGAUUUUGCAUGUUUUUGUUUUAAAGUUAAUAGUGAUUUUUUAGCUAGAAUCAAAUGAACUGGUUAAUCUUUAUAAAGCAUGUUUACCACUAAAAAAGGCUUUUAAAAUAAAAUAUACUAUUUACGUUUUAUUAAAAACCUAACUCAAGUAGCUUGUCUAAUACUGCUAGGAUUUUUAAUUUUAAAAAAAUUGUUCCUCUUCACAUUACAUAACUUAUUUAAAAAACUUGUCAUAAUAAUUACAUACUAAAUAAAUUUAAAUAUUCAUUAAUUCUAGUACAAGUAACAUGCAGAUUAAAAUGUAUCAUUUCAUUAUUCAUUAACAAGCAGCAUGCAUUAAACAUUUUCUAAUUAACAACUGUACUUUAAGCUAAACAGAAUAAGUAGGAACUAUGAGACAUAUUAAAACCAAUGACAUUUUACGUAGUAGCAUACAGUGUGGGGCUACCGGAGAAAUUUCUCUUCCAAAGUUUUAUUCUAUUCUAUUCAACAUAAUACACACAAAGCUUUGUUGAAUUAUGCCUGUGUGGAAGGAGAAUGCAAUGUACAACUUUUAUGAUUCUAGACCGUGUAAAAUGUUAGCACAUUAAUAUAAUGAAAAGUCAAUGAAGUCCAAAUUCCCAUCUUUGUUAUGAUCUUGAUUUUUAAAAUAUUGCUAUAAAAAUAAACCUAUAAAAUUAAUUUUAUAUCCAAUGCCAAGAUCAAAUAUAAUUGUCUAAAUAAAUUAUUUUUUAUCUGAUUUUGAAUUUUGUCUUUCUUCAAAGAUCACAAAUUAAUUAAAAUAUUACAGAAUGCUA